AUGGCUGUGUUUGGUGGUAUAGCAGGUCAGUGUAGUGUUGGGUCAAUGGCUGUGUUUGGUGGUAUAGCAGGUCAGUGUAGUGUUGGGUCAAUGGCUGUGUUUGGUGGUAUAGCAGGUCAGUGUAGUGUUGGGUCAAUGGCUGUGUUUGGUGGUAUAGCAGGUCAGUGUAGUGUUGGGUCAAUGGCUGUGUUUGGUGGUAUAGCAGGUCAGUGUAGUGUUGGGUCAAUGGCUGUGUUUGGUGGUAUAGCAGGUCAGUGUAGUGUUGGGUCAAUGGCUGUGUUUGGUGGUAUAGCAGGUCAGUGUAGUGUUGGGUCAAUGGCUGUGUUUGGUGGUAUAGCAGGUCAGUGUAGUGUUGGGUCAAUGGCUGUGUUUGGUGGUAUAGCAGGUCAGUGUAGUGUUGGGUCAAUGGCUGUGUUUGGUGGUAUAGCAGGUCAGUGUAGUGUUGGGUCAAUGGCUGUGUUUGGUGGUAUAGCAGGUCAGUGUAGUGUUGGGUCAAUGGCUGUGUUUGGUGGUAUAGCAGGUCAGUGUAGUGUUGGGUCAAUGGCUGUGUUUGGUGGUAUAGCAGGUCAGUGUAGUGUUGGGUCAAUGGCUGUGUUUGGUGGUAUAGCAGGUCAGUGUAGUGUUGGGUCAAUGGCUGUGUUUGGUGGUAUAGCAGGUCAGUGUAGUGUUGGGUCAAUGGCUGUGUUUGGUGGUAUAGCAGGUCAGUGUAGUGUUGGGUCAAUGGCUGUGUUUGGUGGUAUAGCAGGUCAGUGUAGUGUUGGGUCAAUGGCUGUGUUUGGUGGUAUAGCAGGUCAGUGUAGUGUUGGGUCAAUGGCUGUGUUUGGUGGUUAUAAUAUUAAUGAAGGUUUCGUUAAAGAUGCAAUGCGCAUGUCAUGUGAAGAUUUGUGUAAUUUGGGAUGGUGGAUGUUUUUGAAGAUGUAUUGUCUCUAUACUGCCUGA